AUGGCACCGCGCAAACCUAAACCCGACGACGAUGCCUCCAGCAACACCUCGGAACUCCCACCUGUCCUGAAGCCCAAGAACGAGAAAGCGAAGGUUACGAAGCCUAAGGCUGAGAAGGCGAAGAGCGAUAAACCCAAGGUUGAGAAGCCAAAGGCUGUCAAGAAAGAGAAGGUCGAGAAGGAUGGCGAGGCUGCAGGAAAGAAGGAAGUUAAAGCUGAUGGAGCAAAGAAGGAGGGCGAUGGCAAGAAAGUAGGGGAGAAGGAGAAGGUGAAGGCGGUUAACGGUGAAGAGGCGAUCGAGAUCAUGGCUCGGUAUCUGAAGGAGCAGAAUCGGCCGUAUAGUGCUACGGAGGUCAGUGCUAAUUUGCAUGGGAAGGUCACGAAGACGGUAGCGGACAAGCUGCUCAAGGAGAUGGAGCAGAAUGGGCAGAUCGUGGGGAAGGCUACAAAGAAGGAUGGCGGUGGACAGUGGGUUUUUUGGGGUUUGCAGGCUUCAGAUACCCUCUCCCCCGAACAACUCGCUUCAAUGGACGAGCAAAUCAACACCCUCAAAUCCAGCAUCCCUUCCCUGAAAACCACCCAACGCAAUUUAACACUCAAACUGAACACGCUCCUCUCUGCUCCAACAACUGCCGCUCUGCACACCUUGAUUUCUUCCAUACAACAAGAAAAUAAGCUCAAAGCCGAGAAAUUGCGCGAAUUCAAGGAGGGAGCAGUGAAGAUGGUGACGAAGGAGGAGGUUAGCAAGGUUGGCAGGGAGGUCAAGGAGUGGGCGGUCAAGAGGAAGAAGAGGAUGGAUGCGUUUAAGGGGUUGGAAGCUAUGUUGAUGCAGGGGCCGUGGUCAAAGGAAGAGCUUUGGGAGAAAGCUGGGGUGGAGGAGGAUUGUUACGUGCCGCCGAGUGAGAGGCAAUUGCUUACUCCUAAGUACUGA